UAUGAUCAGGAAAAUUAUAGGGCCAGAACCGCCAAUGGCUAGUAAAAUAAAUGAGAAAGUCUCAAUCGUUAGACCGGCAAUCGUCCUUUCAGUUGGUGGAGGUGGUAGAGUGGCUAAUGAAAGAAAAGAUGCCGUUGAGAAGGAUUUGGAACAUUUCUCAGACGUUGCUAAAAAGGAAUUAUUUCUCUUCCAUCGACAAAAAUUGCAAGCAUACGAAGAUGCCCUUAGCCUCUAUGCUGAAGCAAAAAUAAGGACUGCCAACGACACAAUAGAAGUCCUUGGAAAAGCAUUAAACAAACUGGGAGCGUAG